AUGAGCAAGAGAGUUAUCCAUGAAGAUGAGGCAGAAGCCAAAAAAUUGAACGGAUCAUUUGCUAAAGAAGAUGUCAAGCAAUUUUUCAAUUCCAAGAUUUGGUCAAGCGAUUUCCAAUCUGACUUACAGCGAUCAGUAGCCGAGUCGCAGCCAUAUCGCUGGGGGACCAUAACGGAGUUGAUGGACGAUACCUUGUUGCGUCAAGUGCGGAAGGAAGUUCUCAGCGAGAUCGCUUUUACAAAGAAAGAAACCGAUAUCUAUAAAGUGUUCCAGCUGGGAGAUUUGGCUAAUCUAUCAGGCUUGAAUUGGGACGACUUGAGUCGCUUGCCCAGCUUGUAUAAAUUACGUAGUGGUAUAUAUUCUGAGCAGUUUAGAGAUGCCAUUUCCAAAAUCACCGGCUGUGGGAAGCUCAGUGGUGUAAAGACCGAUAUGUCUAUCAAUACUUACAACAAGGGCUGUCAUUUAUUGACACACGACGAUGUGAUUGGGUCCAGAAGAGUCUCAUUCAUUUUAUAUUUGCCUGAGCCUAACAAGACAUGGAAGCCACAAUAUGGGGGAGCCUUAAGACUCUUCCCAUCGAUUGUACCAAACGUCCCCGAUACUGACUUCCACUGUAAAUUGGUACCACAAUUCAACCAGAUUGCUUUCUUCACGGUACAACCUGGUUUAUCUUUCCAUGAUGUAGAAGAAGUAAGGGUUGAUAGGCAGAGAUUGUCUAUUCAAGGCUGGUUUCAUAUCCCUCAACCUGGCGAAGACGGUUUUAUUGAAGGGGAGCAAGCAGAGACUGAAGCAAGAAGUACAUUGCAACAGUUGCAGAGUAAAGAGUUACAAGAAUUUGAUUUCCCCAAACCUACGAGGGAAAACAUACAUCAAGCAGAACAAGAUGAAGAAUUUGCAGGGGAAUUGGACGGCGAGACUUUAAAAUACCUUUCCAAGUACAUUAACCCGUUGUACCUCCAUAAAGAGAAUCUUUCCAAGCUUAAUGUCCUGUUUUCUGAGGAAUCCAUCGUAGAAAUCAAUAACAUAUUGAAAGAGGAGUAUGCCGAGCUGCUUAGGACUCUUUUGAAGACGGAAGAGUUGGAAAAGGGACAACCUAAAACGGCCAGUGAAAUAAGUACGCCUUGGAAAUGUGCCAUACCACCACACAAGCAAAGAUACAUGUAUAUUGAUGGAAAAGAAUUGACAUUUAGUAUGACGGACGCUUCCAUCCAGAAAGCCAACAAGCUGGUUGAAAAACCAAACUUUAACAACCCAUUGCUUGCUAAGGAAGAUGCUGACAAGAAAUUGCUCGAAAUUGGUACAUUGUUGUCGUCUAAAGCUUUCAGGAAAUGGUUGCGUGUAGUCACAGAUCUUAUUGCAACUUCCGAGCAAAUUCUUGUAAGAAGGUUCCGUCCAGGACAAGAUUUCAUUUUAGCGACUACCACCGAUAAAAAAAUAGCCAGAAAUGACGAAGAGUUGAAUGUUUUGCUUGAGGCCACUUUAAAUUUGACCCCGACUGCCAUAAACAAGAAAAACUGGGAAUCGGGUGAGUUUGGGGGUUACGAGUUGUGCAUGGCCACCUCUGGUAGCGAUAGCGAUGAUGAGGGAGAAAACGAAGACGAUGAAGAUGACCCUGCAAUAUACAAGGCCAGUGGACCAAAUGAUGACAGUGUGUUAUAUACCAGUCACUGUAAAUGGAACACACUAAGUUUGAUGCUCAGAGAUCCUACAGUAUUGAAGUUCGUCAAGUACGUUAGCAUCAAUGCCAAGGGCUCUCGUUGGGAUGUGAGCUGCCAAUGGAACGUUAAGGAUGGAGGAGAAGACGAUGAAGACGAUGAAGAAGCUGCUAAAUAA